AUGCCUCAACUCUUGGGAAAUGAUGUUGGUUCUACAGGCUACGGCCUCAUGGGCCUCACGUGGCGCGCAAAUCCCCAACCCAUUGAAGAGUCAUUCAAAGCCAUGAAAGCUUCCAUAGAAGUCGGAAACAUCUUUUGGAAUGCGGGCGAAUUCUACGGCACGCCCGAGUACAAUUCGCUUCACCUACUCAACAAGUACUUCUCCAAGUACCCUGAAGACGCCUCUAAAGUUGUACUCUCAGUCAAAGGGGCCUUGAAACAUAUGCACCCCGAUGGCUCUCCCGAGAAUAUCAAGCGAUCCGUGGAGAACUGUCUGAAGCUUCUAGACGGCAAGAAGAGCAUUGACAUUUUUGAGCCUGCGAGAGUGGACAAGAAUACACCUAUUGAGACUACGCUGAAAGCACUGGAGGAAUAUGUCAAAGCAGGGAAGAUUGGGGGUAUUGCUCUAUCUGAAGUCUCUGCUGCUACGAUUAAAAGGGCUGUCAAGGUCACGAAGAUCGUAGCUGUUGAGGUUGAGCUUUCGCUCUGGAGUUUGGAUAUUCUAAAUAAUGGUGUUGCGGCUGCAUGCGCAGAGCAUAAUAUUCUUGUUGUUGCAUACUCACCGAUUGGCCGUGGUUUCUUGACUGGAGAGUUCCAGAAGCUUGAGGAUAUUCCCGAGGACUCUUUCUUAAGGACAUCACCUAAAUGCCAUCCCGAGAACUUUGAAAACAACAUAGACCUAGUCCGGAAGUUGCAAGAUAUAGCAUCUAAGAAAGGUUGUACGCCAGCACAACUUGCAAUCAGUUGGGUGCGACACUUGUCCAAGAAGAACGGCAACCCAGAGAUUAUUCCUAUUCCCGGUGCCACGAACCCCGAGCGAGUUCGUGAGAACGCAAAGGAUGUUGGAUUAAGUAGCAGUGAAUCGGAGGCUAUUGAUUCGAUCUUGAAGAGCUUCACGGUCCAAGGUGGUCGGUAUGGAGGUCCUGGGGCUGCAUACACAGAGGGCUGA